AUGAAAAAAUCCCUCCCACUGUAUUGGGUUCUUAACAAUCCCUACAAUUCUUAAGAUGAUUUGAAAUUGUUGUUUCAUUCUUACAUCGGUGUAAGUUCUUAUAUACAAAUCCACAACAACCAAAACCUAAUUUUCAAGGUGGGGUUGGGGCUGUGGUGGCGGUGAUUAUGAAGAGGAUGUAGGUGGAGAUUGAGACGAUGCUCAUGGAUGGAUGAUGAGAUUCAAUUACAUCUUCUUCUACAGACGAAGAAAUAAACAAAUCUUUUUGUAAUUGACAAUGAAAUUGAGAUUUAAAUAGUGGAAUUGAUUGAAUUUUUUGUUGUUGGAUUUUGUGAAUGAAUGGCCUUGGAUUGAAGUGUAUUUAGACUCUUGAUACUGGUAGAAUAAAUGGGUUAUCCGUAAAUUCGAAUUGCAGGUCUCGAGCUUGCCAUUUCGAAACACCAUCAUAAAUAAUAGUGUUGCACCUGGGAGGGAAGCACUUUACCGCGAAUAUGAAGAUUUGGAAAGUGGAAACUAAAUACUCUGAUACGUAUUUCACUACUCGACCAACUUAAUAUAUAUACAUGCGUGUAGUAUAUAGUACUCAUACUUGAAAAUUUCCCACAUUUUUCCUAAUCUCACAAUUUUGGUGACGUACUUUGUGGAUGUAGAAAACCAUCACUAAAGCCAGAGCUCGUUGAAGAAAGCUCUGACUAUUGAUUUGUCUCGGUAAUGACUCACUACAAUGGGUCGAUUGAACUCGGUUGCAUCAAAACGAUUCGAGGGCUUAUUUGUCUUUUACAAGGCUGACUAAUUGCCACAUAUACACUAACGGAUGUUAACUGUUUAAAGAAAAAAACAGGAUGAAAAAGGUCAAAUAUGUGGCAUUAAAUAAAUUCUGGAAAAAAACAGUGGCAUUUUCUUAAACAUGAAAUUGGAAGUGUGGCACUUUAUUAAAAUUCCCAUUAUUUUAAAAUAGUUACUGAGAUGCAGAUAUCAGGCAACCACUGAGUGGCAGCAAACGGUCAAACUACAGUGCCACCUCUACUAACACCCAUCUUAAACAAUGUCUGCGUGUCAAAAUGAUUCUCACACGUGUCCUUCUGCUGGUUACACGUGACUACCAUUUGUAUGACUUGUAAGACUAGGAUUUAAGCUUCAUCUCAAAACUUCAAACUUAUUCAUGUUUAUCACACUCUCUCAUCUGAAACCUCUUGAUAACGAAGCAACUUGCAAGCUGACCUGCAAUCCAUAGUCAUCAUAAUAGAGAAAAAAUAUUAAUAAUUCAAUGUCUGAUUCACCUCCAUCUCCAGCUCCAACUCCACUUUCUAGCUCACCGAAACCCAGAGUAGUUGCAGAGAGAAGUAUGAGUAAUUCAUCAUGGGAAGACAUAUUAUUAUGGAAGAAGAAGAAACAAAGUCUAUCAAUAUUAACAGCUUCAACAUUAACAUGGGUUGUACUACAAGUUUACCAAUACAACUUCAUCACUAUCGUUUCAUGGGUAUCCAUGGCUAUCCUAGCCAUGAUGUUUCUUUUCGGGAACUUACUUAGGCUCCUGGGAAAGGAUCCACCAAAGAUAGAUGAUUUUGCAAUUUCGGAGGAAUUAGUAAUGGGUUCAGCUAGGAGAUUGAAAGGAAAUGUUGAACAAGGAAUAAGAUGGAUGUUUAGUGUUAGUUCAGAGAGAGAAUGGUUUGUGUUUGCUCAAGUUAUUGGCGCUUUAUUGGUUCUUUCUCAAGUGGGUAGAUACUUUGAUUUUGUUACUCUUCUGUAUAUGGGUGUGGUGACUGCGAUGACAGUACCAUUGAUGUACGUGAAAUAUGAAGAUCAAUUAAAGAAGUUUGUGGGUAAGAUUAGAGAACAAGGGAGAGCAUAUUAUGAGAAAGUUGAUGAAAAGGUAUUGAGAAAACUAAAGCACAAGGCUGGAUUUGCUGAGAAGAAAAAGGAGAAAAAGGUAGAAUGAUAAGUUUAUAUAUACUUGUGGGUAAAGAUUUGAGUAUGUAUGGAUGUUAAUUAUAAUGUUGAAUUAGUUGUAAUCAAGGAUUUUGGUGUUUCAUAAAAGGAUUGUUAUGUAUGU